UGACUGACAGUCAAAUGAGACAGACAUGGACUCAGAUCUUUUACCUGAGCAGAUACAGCAGAACCUGACUCACCUGUUUCACCUUCUCACUUUCUGAGAGAACUGCAUUUUUCCAGAAUCGUGCUUCUCCGUCCCACCUGUGUUUCCCAAGAGGAGCGUCCCCUCAGCUGAUUGGACCACAGCUCUGUGGAGUUGCGCUGCAGCUGCAUACCUGCAGUCACCCACUUAGUGCAGACACACAACGACAUGACAGUCAGAGGCUUCGUCUGUGGGCUCCUGCUGCUGACCUUCACCUCUACAGGAGCUGAUGGACAGAUUGAUGUCUGCGGCACGGCUCCUCUCAACUCUCGGAAGGCCGUAACGGAGUCCAGGAUCGUUGGGGGCCAGGACGCUGCUGCGGGGCAGUGGCCCUGGCAGGCCAUGCUGCAGAUACCGGUGGCCGGGGGCACGGCUCUGUGUGGGGGGUCUCUGAUCAACAGCCAGUGGAUCCUGAGCGCCGCUCACUGUUUCAAAAGCACCAGCACGUCCAAUGUGGUCGUUUCUCUGGGACGCAUCACUGAGCAGGGCUCCAACCCCCACCAGGUGAGCCUGUCGGUGUCCAAGAUCAUCGUUCAUCCAAACUACGACAGCCGCACCAACAACAACGACCUUACGCUGCUGAAGCUGGCCUCACCUGUGACCUUCAACGACUACAUCAGCCCCGUUUGUCUGGCAGCAGCAGGCAGCGACUUCCCAGGCGGAACCAGCUCCUGGGUCACCGGCUUUGGGACUCUUUCAUCUGGAGGGCCUCUGGCUUCAACACUCCAGGAAGUGAACAUCCCCAUCGUGUCCAACACUCAGUGCAACUCUGCCUACGGUGGGAUCACCAACCAGAUGAUCUGUGCUGGUCUGACCACUGGAGGACUGGACUCCUGUCAGGGGGACUCUGGCGGCCCGUUGGUCAUCAAGAACAGCACCAGGUGGGUCCAGGCCGGAGUGGUGAGCUUUGGAGAGGGCUGUGCGAAGCCGAACUUCCCGGGAGUCUACGCCCGGGUCUCAGAGUUCCAGUCAUGGAUCAGCAGCCAGGUGGACGGUCCCACGCCGGGAUUCGUCGAUUUCGGGAGUUAUUCCAACAUCACUUCAACCAGUGGGCCCAAAGGCGGAGUUUCUGCCACCAAAGCAGCGGUGGUCCUGGUGGUGCUGCCCGUCUUCUUCUCCUCCUUCAUCCUCUCAUGAGUCCAGACUCAAUCGCCUGCACAGAAACCUCACUUCCGGGAUGAAGCCCUUUCAGGAGACUUUUCUUCUCAAGACUCUUUCAGGUUUUGAUUAACAGAUGCUGAAAGUCUGUGAAGUUCAGACAAAAGGAUUUCCUCUGUAAAAUGGAGGAAUCUGUUUAUUUGAAGAAAUUCUUAUUGUUUAAAUAUAAAAACAUUCAUCUAUAAUGAAACAACAAUUUGUCAGCGAUCCGAACCAAAAUAAAUCCUGUUUUUACGUAUUUUAAACACUUUUAAAUAUUUUUCAAAAUAUUAUCGACUAAAAAAACAAACUAGGGAGAAAUGGUUCAAAUUAACAGACACUUUUGUUUUUAUACAUUUAAAUUUAAAAAUGUAUCGUUUCAUUAAUUUAUUGAAAACCAAACAUAAAAGUGUCAAAAAUACUGAAGUGUUCCUUAAAACUGAAACUGUGACUUUACUGGAAUAAAAAUGUAACUCGGUUACUGACAUCAAUGACUUAUAAAACUUCUGUGAAUAUUUACUUUUUUUAAAGAAUUUUACUGCAAACACGUUUUCCAUUAAUUGUGUGUUCGGAGGCGGAGUUUAACCGGAAACCUCAGGAAGAGUUUAGAGGAUUUCAAGUUUACAUUUCUGAGAAAAAACCUGACAUUUGAAUUAAAGCCAUGAAGUUAGUAAAGUUUAACAUUUGACCUGAAAGACGUGACGAUGAAGUUUCUGUUCUUUUAAACCUCCUCACCUUUUGAUCUUCUUUCAUUUCUUUCAAGCACUAAAUGAAAUGUUUUGGGGGAAAUUUAUUUGUAUUUAUUGCAUACAAACUAUAAGCUCUGUCUUUGGGUCUUUAUUACAAUGAAAGAAAUAAAUGGCGUUUUCCUAAUCUGUGUAGAGUUCAUGGUGUGUUCAGGGUCACGCAGAAUAUUGGAAAUCAGCACGACAUUCAGCCUGAAGGCGGAUUUGAUGCUCAGGUUAACCAGAACAGACGGGCCUCAGCCUGACAGCAAGAACAACAAAGUCAUCAAAACGUUCAAACAUCUGUGAAAACUGAUUCGUUUUAACCAGAAAUAAAUGUAUGGAUGAUGC